AUGCCAGAGGAGGAUGAACGAGAGAAGCUAGCAAAAGUCAUCAGUCAGUGGAACAACAACAGACUGGACCUGUUUGAAAUAAGCCAACCUGAUGAGAACCUGGAGUUUCACGGCGUGAUGCGCUUCUACUUUGAGGAUCAUGUUGGAGGAAAUGUGGCCACAAAGUGCCUGCGUGUUUGCAGCAACUCUUCAACUCAUGAAAUUAUUGAAACUCUAUCAGAGAAAUUCAGGCCUGAUAUGAAAAUGCUGUCUACUAGUUAUUCCCUGUAUGAGAUCCAGGCCAAACAAACAGAACGCAAAUUGAACCUGGAUGAGAGACCUUUGAUUGUACAAUUAAACUGGACCUCAGACAACAGAGAAGGACGUUUUGUUCUCAAGAAAGACAACGAGAGUUUCCAGGAAAAUUUUCAUGAGAAGGAGAAAGGAGGCAUCAUCCAAAACUUCAAGAGGACACUGUCAAGAAAAGAAAAGAAGACAGAGAAGAGCAAAACUAAAGCUAAUGACGAGGUUUCAGGAUAUGAGAAUAGGUCAACUGAAAAGCCACUGAACAACAUGUGUGUGUCUAACCAUGAGACAAACCAUUGCACUGAAAACAAAAAGCAACAGAGGCAGGCAGCCCCAGGCAUAUUUUACUUCCAGUCACUCAGUGCACUUCAUUCUCACAAUGUCCUCCUGCCCCCUGCUGGUGUCUUGCACAUUUCAGAUGAGGAAGCCUUCCUGUCUGCAGUCAUAAAUUACACCAACAGCUCCACAGUUCAUUUCAAGCUCUCACCUGCAUACAUCCUCUAUGCUGUGGGACGGUUCGCUCUGCAGCGCCAUUACAGGCAAGGCUCUCCGCCUUCAGGACAAACACACAGUGUAACCGCGAUCACUAACAAAAUGGUGACCAUGACAGGGAAGGUCAUGCAGAGGCAGCAGACCAUCGCCGGGGCUAUCGCCUUCUGGAUGGCCAACUCCUCUGAGCUGCUAAAUUUCUUCAAGCAUGACAAAGAUCUCUGCCCGCUCACACAGCAAAGUCAGCUGGAUCUCUCCCACCUGGUGCACAAAGCUUACAGAUGCCUGCUACAGUGUCUACAGAAUGAGUUAACGAAGCACUUGCCAACUUUUUUGAUUGAUCCUGAGCAACAUGGUCCCUUGCCAGCUGGUAUAGAGAUGGUGCUGAACACCUUAAUGAACACCAUGUCUCUGUUACGCCGCUGUCGGGUCAACCCUGCCCUCACCAUCCAGCUCUUCUCCCAGCUCUUCCAUUUCAUCAGUGCCUGGCUCUUCAACCAGCUCAUGAGCCCGGAGGCCAGCACUCCAGGCCUACGUUCCCACUACUGGGGAGCGGCUCUUCGCCAGAGGCUUACCGCCAUCGAGGGCUGGGCCGAGAGGCAGGGCCUGGAGCUGGCUGCUGACUGCCACCUUGGACACCUCAUCCAGGCAACCACAAUCCUGACCAUGAAUAAGUACUCAAUGCAAGAUGCGAAGGACAUCCAGAAUACCUGUUUCAAGUUGAACUCACUGCAGCUGCAGACGUUGCUAGCCGCCUACCUCUAUGGAAACAAUGAGCCUCACAUCCCCCCUGAUUUGAUCGAUGCUGUAGUGACGGCUGCUGAGGCCUCAGCGGACAACCUGAUUCGGAGCGAAGGACGGGACAUCCAGCUGGAGGAGAGCCUUGAGCUCCACCUGCCCUUCCUGCUGCCAGAGGGAGGAUACUCCUGUGACACUGUGAGAGGAGUCCCUCCAGGGUUUAGGGAGUUUUUGGAGCCAAUUUGCCGGAAAGGUCUCUGCUCUUUAACAUCUGAGCCAAACUCCAAAGGUGACUGGACCGUGUAUUUCAGUGACUCUACACCUCCUGCAGAGAGCACAUACUUGGCAGCACACAGAGAGCCAGAGAUUGUGACUAUCACACUGAACAAACCUCUCAACAGUGGGAUGGGGGUCAGCAUCGUGGCUGCCAAGGGAGCACAGCAGGGUAACCUUGGGAUUUAUAUCAAAUCUAUAGUCAAGGGAGGACCAGCUGAAAUGAACGGCAGGUUAACAGCUGGGGACCAGCUGCUCAGCGUGGAUGGUCAGAGCCUGAUUGGACUCAGCCAAGAAAGGGCCGCAGCUAUCAUGGUGCAAACCGGCCCUGUUGUGACCUUACAGGUUGCAAAGUUUGGAGCGAGCUACCACGGCCUGGGGGCUCUGCUGAGUGGACCAGCGCCAGAAAGGACCACAGGCGAUAAAAGCAAUGCCACAGCGCUCAUGCUGCACAGUGUAGCGGAUCCUCUCUCAGAGCAGCACCAUGGAAGCAGCAGAAGGACGAAAGACCAGAUAAUGCAGAGGAACAGGCAGCUUUAUCGCUCCAACCCCAACAUGACCAACUUUUGCCUGGAGGAUGGAAAUGAACCUGUUCACCCUGUUGGGAGCGGGAACAACAUAGCCGCUGUUUCCAGUAUCAACCUUUGCACUGAUACAUCUCACAGAGACUACCGGACACUUCCGAACCCCAAAUCCCAGGACAACAUAUCUGAAAGCAGUCGACAGCAGCAAACACUGAAAGUGUCCUUCAGCCCUUUAGAUGGGCAGAGCUCCAGUAAGAAGACCCUCAUGCGUCAAGCACACUCACAGGAAAACUUGUGUAUAGACAGUGGAGGCCCCCUGCUGGACAAAAGGCAAAGCAUGUGGGAGCAACGGAACUGGAAUGCAAAACAAACCAUGAGCCACUAUUCAUCUUUCCCAAUUCGCUCCAGUGUUUCUACUCAUGACAUCCUCUCCGACAACAGUUCUCCCGAAAAACGACGGCAGGGCACUCACACAAGUGGCGCUGGCGUCUGGAGAGCCCCCUUUUCACAACAUCCAACACCCACGCCUUCAAUUCAGCCCAUACGUAUAGACAUCCCUGUUACCAGAGCAGUGAACACACAGUCAAAUCCUCCACUCAUCACCUUCCAGAGUUCAUCUUCGCUGUCAGUGAAGACGAGCCAAAAAGUAAACGGACAUAAACAGAGUCCUCAAAACCCAGCGAACCAUACUUAUGCAUGCCCCGUAUCUGCUACCAAAAAGCUACCUCAGCCCUCACUUUCAUCGCAGCAGCAAAGACCCAGCAUAGUCAAGGGUCAAGCAGUAAAACCCCAAGUAAGCAUCACUUCAACAAAACAUGUUUCCUUCCAAGAACCUCCCACUCAACAGAAGCAGGGCACGGGUCCCGUGAAGCAAAAAGACCCCCAGGAGCUGUCUGACCCGUGGAGGAGGGAGGCCCAGGAGAAGCUGGAGAAGCAGCGGAGGCUUCAGGUGGUGGAGCUCCUGGAGCAGGAGGUGCAGGAGCUUCGGGCUAAGGCGACGCGCUCGGCGGAGGAGAACGACCGACUGCGCAAGCUCAGCCUGGAGUGGCAGUUUCAGAAGAGGCUGCAGGAAAUUCAGCAGAGAGGAGAGGAUGAGGACGAGGAGGAAGAGGAGGAUUUGGACACGAUGGUGACGAUACAGCAGCUGGAGACAAGAGCACAGAGCAAAAGAACCUCUGGAGGACACGUCAACAGCGAAUCGAAAAUGUUGGAAAAGGAGACAGGAAAUCAUCUCGUCCAAAAGGAAGACAUGGCAAAGACAGGUCAAAGAUCAAGUGGAGCGACUGAGGACGUUCAGAAAGUGGCAUCAAAAGAAAACCAGGAGGAGAAAAUUAAGAGAACGAAGGCUCCUGAAAAGCUCACAUUCAAGGAGCGUCAGCGUCUCUUUUCCCUGGUGUCCAGUGCAUAA